ACCCUGACUGACCCUGAGAAAAGAGGGGGAAGAAUAGGAGCCAGGCGGAGAAGUCUGCAUCGGGGACGAGCCGCGACCGGGGUGAUCGUCGUGUCCGCCGGCCUGCCGCCGUCGACCCCGCGGCACCCAUGAGGCCGACAGCGAGGCGGAAAGGGGCCGCGGACGGCCACGAGCAUGUGCCGGUGCUGGCAAGUGGCCUUGGCCUGGACGCGGUCGUGCGUGGUUGACCUCGGCCCGAGCCAGGACGUCUCGGCCAGUGGGAAGCAGUCGUUUUAUGGGGCCAUCGUCGCCCUUCCCCUGGGUGGCGACCGCGGCACUAUCAUGUCGGCUUUGGGCUCGGACUCGUGGUGGCGGAAGACGCUUUAUCUGACCGGAGGAGCUCUCCUAGCCGCCGCUGCCUAUUUGCUGCACGAAUUGUUGGCCAUCAGAAAAGAAGAAGAGUUGGACUCUACAGACGCCAUCAUUCUGCAUCAAUUCUCCCGGCCCAAAAGCGGAGCCCCAUCCCUGUCCCCCUUCUGCCUUAAGACGGAGACCUACCUCCGCAUGGUGGACCUGCCUUACCAGAACUACUUUGACGGGAAGCUGUCACCACUGGGCAAGAUGCCGUGGAUUGAAUACAACCACGAGCACGCGUGCGGCUCCGACUUUAUCAUUGACUUCCUGGAGGAGCGACUAGGCGUGAGCCUCAACAAGAGCCUGACGCCGCAAGAGAAGGCCGUUUCCCGCGCCGUCUCCAAAAUGGUAGAGGAGCAUUUCUACUGGACCAUCACAUACUGCCAGUGGGUGGACAAUCUCGAGGAGACGCAAAAGAUGUUGUCCGUGAGCGGGCCACUGAGCGAGCUGCUCAAAUGGAUCCUGAGUCACGUGACCGGCGGCAUCGUCAAGCGGGAGAUGUACGGCCACGGGAUGGGACGCUUCUCCAAGGACCAAGUCUACGCCAUGAUGGAGAAGGACAUGCGCACACUGGCCAUCCUGCUAGGCAAUAAGAAAUACCUGAUGGGCUCCAAGAUCUCAACUGUAGAUGCCACGGUGUUUGGCCACUUGGCCCCUGCCAUGUGGACUCUACCUGGAACACGACCGGAGCAGCUCAUCAAAGGCGAGCUGAUCAACCUGGCCAUGUACUGCGAGCGAAUUCGCCGCCGUUUCUGGCCCGAGUGGUUCGUGGACUUGGAGGACUUUCGCUACGACGACGUGUCCAAGAGCGGCAUGUCGGCCUCCGAGCUCCCUGACCUGGGCCUCUACUCUCACACGGACACCUUCCCGGAUGACACACGCUCGCACUCCGCCCCCGGCGCGCGCACGCCGCCCAUGUCGCCCGGCAGCGAUCCGACGGGCUUCUCGCUGUACGACUCGGACAUGGACACGGAGUGCUCCGAACUGGAGCCGCUCAAGUGUUGACCAAAGUUGAAAAAUAGCUCAAAUAUGAGGAUUAACGUCACCGCCUGGUCGUGCAAUGCAGCUACUUAUGUGAGUGUGAAACAUUACUGUUACCAUGGCAACCAUCACAACCUUCCCUUAUGAGCUAAUAGCGCCACCUAGCCUUGUGCAGGCAGGACUUUAAACUACACGAGUCAUAUGGACAACGCUCAUAAGUGUAAAUACAUGCAAAAUAGACAUAUAUGUAUAUAUUAGGGCUGCAACUCUAGAUUAUACUCAUAAUCAAUUAAUCUGUCAAUUAUUUUGUAUAUGAAUCUGAUAAAAAAAGAACUGUUAAAUUCAAUCCCAAUAUAAUAUUUUUUAUUUCAAUUUGACAAAGCAAAAACUAAUUAAAAUUCCAUUAGUGAAUCAUAAUCAUAUAAAUUUACUGCACUGUCAAUUUUAAAUAUUUUUUUGAAUAAAGGUUAACAACAUUAACAAUAUUUUUCAUGGAUUGACAAAUUAAUUUAUAUUAAAAUAAUGAUUAGUUGCUGUCCUAAUGUGAAGUAUAGCUAGCCUGCAAAUAUUGAAUAUUUGACCUCCUCAGAAUGAUGUAAAUACUUUUCCCUUUAACUAAGUCAGACAUUCUAGCCCCUUUCUGUCACGCUUUUGUUAAAGUUCACUUUUUUUUUCAGUUCACUUUUUUUUCUCUCCCUUUCCUGUUAUGGUAAUAUUCUUUCAUCCUAGGGAUAUUUUGCAAUUUGAUUCAAAUUGGGAUUGUCUGUCCUUGGCGGAGGACUUUGCCACACAGGAGUGAUGUCCUUUAGUUUUAAGUUACACAAGUAGAUAAAAAAACAAAUUACUCAAACUGUCAUAUCGACGACUCGUGACUCGCAAAGCUACAAAAAUCUGUGCGGCCACGUCGUUACGUGCAUUUGUCAUUCAGCAGAUGUACAUGCAGAGAGUUGUGAGAAUAUGGCGAUAAGGUGUAAAAAAAUGUUUUUUCCCAACUUGAAUUGAUUGCCACAGUUCUCAGUCUUUGCACGUGCUUUCCGAGGUCAUCGCGUUCAAUCAUUAAUACAAAUAUCUAAAUUCACAUUACAGGGUUUGUAAAACAAACCGUUAAUGUGGGUAUAUUUAAGUUGACUUAAUUUUUAUAUUCUCGGCUUUCAUCAUCUUUAUUCACAUUUGGCCUUGUGUGGAGAUUUUUUUUUAAUUUAUAUUAUAUUUUUGUAUUUAUGUAUGACUAUAGCAUUGUAAAUAAAAAAA